AAAUCGGAUGAAAAACCUAGCCCUCCUCCAUUUGAAGACAUAAAGAAUCCAAAUGAGCAUCAUUUGAUUUGGAAGGGAGCUCAAUCUUUUGAUUAUUAUUUGGAGUCGUCAAAUCCUAUGAUAUUUUCCAAUGUAAUAAAGGAGUUGGGUUCUAAUUUCGAAAAGCAAAAUUCAAAGUCAAUACCAAAAAUUGAAUUUAUUGCGAAAAGCGAUCUAGGAUCACCCUUAAAAAAAGAAAGAGUGACUAAGAAAAGAUUAGACAAGUUAAGAGAAAGGAUCGAAAGGGGUGAAGAAAAUGAGUUUUAUGAAGGUGUCGAACUAUAUUAUGAUAUCUUUAUAAAUUUUUAUGAGUCAUUUAAAGUGUUAUCGGCAACUUCAGGUGUUAAUGGAGAGUGGAAAAAUUCAAAUAUUACAUUGAUUAGUCAGGAGAAUUCAACAUUAGUUGAAGUAUGUGAAUUCAAGAUCGAUUGGUCUGAUGAUUUGGAAGGUGUGAUUUCGAAGAGGAAUGCGAAUAAUGAGACAAGCUUGAACGGAGAGUAUAAUGUUGUGGCUUAUGUGAAAGGAAGCAUUGAUUAUGGAUUUAUGUUUUACGAAAAAGAAGAUGGAGGUGGGAAAUUGUUUGCAGAGACCAAUCAAACGGAGAUUGGAUGGAAGAUGGACCGGAGAAAUAUAUACGUUUACGAAGAUUCACCAAUUCCAGCUAUCUUACCUGCACUGUAUAUCAUGUAUUAUGAUUUCUUCCAAAGGAUGAGUCUCUAA